AUGCAAUGUACGAACGGCAACAAAACGAAUGGCGAGAUAAAGACGGCGAAUGAAUUCCCUGCUAAGGUCGAGCCUGAUGCUGCAAAUGAUUCGGUAGAAGCGGUGCAGCUUCAACAUACGAACAAGUAUAAGGCACUCGAAGAACCUCGGAGCGUUUUGCAGGUGGACGGCUGUUCCCAGUCGGACUCGGAAUGGUCGACUUAUAUUGACACUCAGAACCGGACUCCUGCCUCUUCCUCGGAAAAAGAGACCACGAAGAAGUCAGAUGACGUACCAGUCGUGGAGUGUGGCGUCGAUGGCUUGUCCGACCCGGAAUGGUCAACUUUUAUCAACACACAAGACAUCACGCCCGUCAUUCCUAGGCCAGAGGCACCCGUCGACCCGGAAGAAAUCGUCACAAAUAUUGCCUAUCCGGGCCCAGAUGUCCGAGUCGGCUCUGACCAGACAACACAUACCAACUUGGAGGCUCUGCCACCCGUCUUUCCGGAGCAAGCUAACAUGGCUCACCAAAUUGAUCGGGCUGCGUCCGUCAGCGUUUCUUCCUCAGAUCUUGCUGGUCAGGCAAGCGAUGCUUCUGAAGAGUCCACUCCAACAGGAGGCUCCCAAGAUGCAAAGCCUUCACAAGCUAGUCUGGGAUCAAUCAUUGACGCAUAUGCCGAGAUCAGCGUCUUGUCAACGAAUUCCAACACGAGUACGACGAAACCGCCUGGAGUCGAGCAUGAGGGAACAGAAGCAGAUUUGUUCACGUCACCCUGCUCUUUGCCAGAUCAAAUUGAGACUAUCCCGAUGGAUGAGUCUGGUGUGCAUGAUGAGAGCCUUUCUAGUGGGAAGCUGCAACAGCUUCAAACAACGGCACAGAAACCGGCUACCACAGAACCCCAGUCAGGCCCGAAUCGCGAUCUCGACGAACCUGAUGAGAUUACGAUCCAUGUGGAAACACGGAAUAUUGAGGACUUAUCAGGACUUUCCCUACAGACUCCAAGAGCAUCCGAGGAAACUGCGGGCUGUGGUAGUGGCUCUAGCUUCCUUGAUGAGCCGACGGUCGGUCCUGAAAUACCACAGCUUCAAAGCCCAUGGACAAGGGAAGCAGCCUGCUCUUUGCAGAUGCCACCUCAGGCUCCAAGUAAUGACACAAGACCAGAGUCUGGUUCUGAUGGCCUGGAUAAGGCAGCAGAGCAAGUUCAAAGCCCGUGGAUUAAAAAGGCUGACAUUGCCUCGCAUUUGUUUAUUCCGCCAACGACCUGCACAAGCUCCACUGGAAGCACACCCGAUUUGAGCAUCCUUGCCGGGAAAGCACUGGCGAUGUCCCAACCACCCCAGAGGCCUUGGGUGCCGCAGACUCCGGCAGCCCCAAAACUCCCAGCUGCGGACUUUGAGAUGUCUAUUAGAGCAUUUUCGGAUUUCAUGUCACCCUCGCCAGUGAAGAAGCGAGCGUCAUCGAACGGAAGCAUUCUCAGGGACUCAAGCGGAAGGUCCGGUAUUCUCUUCAAGACACCUGGGCAGCGAAAGCCAGAUCGUCAAGUGCACUUCGCGCCUCUUCCGGGCGAGCAAGAGCUGUUCAUCGAUGAACCUGUCCCGGAUGCAAAGGACGCCAUCUACGAUGAGGAAGAUGUUUCCUAUUUCGAUCUAUCCGGUCAGAAGACUGGCACAGUGCGGAUGCCUAAGCCAACCAUGAGAGCAGCUUCCCCGCCCCCUAUGGAGAUGAGCUCUGUGGAAGUUGGCACACUCCCCGACCACGACCAGAAAUUCGCCAAGCACUUUGAGGCGAUGUCAAAACGCAAGAAGCCAAGCCGGAAGUCUCUGAGGCUCUUGCCCUCGGAUUCUCAACAAACGGCGUCCGCCAGCCAGGAAGUCGGUGCUAUGGCAGAGGCUUUCAUCCAAGCCUCACAGACCAGGAAGAAAGGCUUGGAGCUAGCCGCUGAGAAAAGAGCCGAGGCAGAACGCGGAUAUGAAUACGAAGAGAAGACAUCUCCUGUGGCGAUGGACAUUUUUGAGGACCAGGAGAAUGUGGAGCCGGUGGACGACGUCAGCGCAGUCCUCGAUAACCUGGACAAGUUCCUCGACAAUACUUGGGGUAUCGAGAUGGAAACCGACGAUCGUCCUGUGAACGAUGCGCGGAGCAAGCAGGAGAAAGAGACUGCUUCUAGUCAGGCUGCACGACGCCAGGUUGAAGACCCAUUGUUUUCUUUGGAGGACAAUGUUUGGGCCGAUUAA